CUUGCAUGUGAAAACAAUUUUUUUGUAAAAUGGUUCGUAAAUUGAAAUAUCAUGAAAAAAAGCUAUUAAAAAAAGUCGAUUUUAUAACAUGGAAAGUUGACAAUGGCGGCCAGGAAAACAAAAUUCUUAGGCGAUAUCACAUACGUAAACGGGAUGACUAUACCAAGUAUAACAAACUUUCGCGGGAGGUGCGGGAAUUAGUGGAAAAAAUCGCAAAGCUCGACAAAAGUGAUUCGUUUAAAAGCGAAGCAUCCUUUAUGCUAUUGGAAAAAUUAUAUAGCAUGGGUUUAACAGGCGACAAGGUUGAUCUUGAAACAGCUAGUCGAGUCUCAGCUAGUUGUUUCUGUCGGCGGCGCUUGCCGGUAGUAAUGGUGAAAAAUAAACUUUCACAAAACAUAAAAAAUGCAACGGCCUUGAUUGAAGAAGGUCAUGUGCGAGUCGGUGUUGAAAUGAUUAAAGAUCCGGCUUUCCUAGUCUCUCGUAACCUAGAAGAUUUCGUUACUUGGGUUGAUGGGUCCAAAAUUAAACAACACGUUAUGGCUUAUAACGAUAUGCGAGAUGAUUUUGAAAUGUAACCAUUAUUAAUAUGGGUGUCAUUUAUAUCCAAUGACUGAUAAGGAAUUAAUAAACGAAAUAUUUAAAGCGAA